GACGCCAUGCUCUCCCCAGACACCACAACCCCAACCGCAGCCCAGAUCGUGCGUACGGCGGGGACAGCGAGGAGGAGAUUAUUGUGGUCGACUCUUCCCCACCCUUCCCCAACACUGCCCCUCCCCACCUUCUGAUGGGUGCUAGUCCUUCUCAUUCCCCUCACCUCCCAUGCCAUUCCCCGUCCCUCGUACAGCCCAUCUCGGCUCACUCCCCUUCCUUGAUGCAACCUCACUUGGCUCACUCCCCUUCCCUGCUACAGCCUCCCCUCCCUGCCCACUCCCCCCUGCCCGGCCCUCCUCCCCACCUCUACACCAUGAGCUACGCCUCCUUCCCCGCCGACGACGCCCCACUCGACAUGAGCCUCAAGAGAUCCUCAUCCCCAGAUCGCAGAUAUUACAGUCCUCAUCACUACCCCGCUCCUGCAUCACCGUCUCCCCCACCUCCCCCACAUCAUCCCCUUCUGACGGGUGCAAGGCCCACCAUCGCUGAGGAUGUCGCAGCAAGACUCCCGCCACCCCCGCCAUCCUACAGCGUCGCUACCGCUCAUCUCAGGGAGAAACGCCCCCCCAUCACCGUCCCCGUCAACCCCUCCAUCCCUACAAACAACAACAAUAAUAUCUCCAUGAGCAACCGGAACGGCGUUGCCAAAAGUGAUGGCGGCCGCACCAGACAAGUCGUCGUACGCAGAUCAGCCGCUGGUGCCGUAGACCCUGAGAUCGACGAGCACUUCCGCCGUAGUCUGGGCAAGACCUACCAUCAUAUUUUUGAUGCGGCCGUGACCACACCGUCAGUGGAACCUGCUCCUGUCGUGGCGCCCGCCCCUUCUGCUGCAGCGUCUCCAGGCAGGGACGUACGGCACAAGAAACAGAUCGCUCCUCCGCAGGCUUUGCCUCAGCAGCCGCGUUCUCCUCCCAGAGUGCCUUCCACUGACUCAGUUGACGAUCAUUUUGCGAAGGCUUUGGGGGCGACAUGGACAGAGCUUCAGGCACGUCGUAACGGGACGCCACCACCUCCUCCAAGUUAUUCUUCUGCCACCUCAAGAGUCUCCAGCACAAUCACUCAGCAGUCUCGUCUCGGUGGUUUAGAACCAAACGUUUCUGCGGUCAAGACUGGCGCCGCUAACGGUGUUUUGCGCCCUAACAGUGCCUCUGUGAGCACUGGUCGUUUUAAUGGUAAUUUAGUGAAUGGCGCUCCAUGUUCGCCAGUAAACUCUUUGGCUACGCUAUCUAUUGUCCCUGUAGAUCGUAAUAGUAGCAGCCCAGGUCGCACCUCUCCUUCGGCCUCCACAGCUGCUACUAUCACUCGAGUUGUGACUCCAGCUCGUCUUAAGCUCGAGUCAAACAGUAAUUAUAUUGAACCUGUCAUGAAAUCCCAGCAGAACCCAAAAGAAAUCGCCGGUGAAAAAUCACCUCCCACCUCAAGAUCGUCACCUCCGGGCGACGUGGUAGACAAGCCCAGCGUUGGUCCAGUUUCUACACCCGUUGCCUCCCCGCAGUCAGAGGCCCCCAGUGACAGCGCUGCGACGGAGACUCCGAGACAUGACAAUCUUCCAAGUUCAAAGUGAUUGUGAUGCAUUUUUAACGAUUUAAUUACUGGGACAUCUUGGAAAAUGAAUGCCAGACGAAUGUCGAACGCUUGGACAUCUUACUAAAUGAAUGACAAGCGCUUGGUUAUAUAAUGCUUCUGUUACCACUUUUAUGUUUGGAAAAAUGUGUCUAUCACCCUGAUGGCAUUUCCAUGCUCACUGCGUGAUCUCAAUAUUAAUGGAAGCUUCUUCUUUGUGGCACCUCGCACAUCCUUCUUGUCCUCUUUCAAAUUGUAGUAUAUUUCUCUUACGUAGAUCUUCACUGUCAUAGGCUUCUUUGUACGAUAGAUCUUUGAAAAUGCUUUAUCAUUUUUAUGUAAGGUUAAUAUUAAGUAUUUAUAUUCUUUGUCAGUCUUUUAUGCCGAUUGUAUUAUCUGUUCGGUCAUUACCGGCACACCUAACGUCGUAGGGGGCAUUUGUAGGCGUCGUGUUACGUUGAGCUGCUUUAUUGUGCUUGUCAAUAAUCUUGUAAAUUUUCCCCGAAAACUUCAUCUUUGCAGGCUUGUAUACUUCUAAAAUAUGUGGGGAAUUUGCAUGCUUGUACAGACAUUGUAGCUGAUGGUGCUGGACUUGCGUAGAUACGGGGGGGCUGUUGUCUCUAUUUAGCUCGCCGAUCUUUGUCUUGCACAGUUUUAAUAGAACGUAAAACGUUGUUGGUUUUCUGUAGCACUUUCAAAUUAUGUUUCUUUGUGUCUUUAAAAUUCGGAAAAAUUGUUUAGUCUUUGUUAUGUAAAGUGCGGGUGCAGCGACUGCGUAGGUAUAUCUUAUGAGCACCAUUGAGUGUACUGCUCAGAGCUGAUAGGCUCUCAUCGGUCUCAAGUCUAAAGUUCCUGUGUCUGCAUUCCUUUGGUGAUUAACCUACAGUUAAUCUCGCUGACGUAUCAUAUAGGAGGAUUUUGAGAUGAACGAACUUAUACUCAAUUUAGCGUUUCUGGAACUGUCUUUCUACAAGAAAAGUUUGUAAAAUUUGUAUUUUAAUGGUUUGUAUACUUUAUCCUUGCACUCCAUGAAUUAAUGAAUAAUGUGUUUUGGUUCAAAGCUAUAUUGAAUAUUGAUCAUGUUUACAUUGACUGUUUUUGCCCCUUUCUUGAGUAUGAGUUAUGAGCUCAGCGAGAACUUCACUGAUAAUGGCGCUGUUUGUCAUUGUGUUCAGUUUAUUACUUCAAAAAGAAUGUGAUGCGAUCAUAUUGCUAUGAUAUUAGCUCAUCACAUUCGUUAUAUCUCUAUACCAAAUAUAAGGUUUCGACUAUUGAUGUAUAUGUUUAAUGUUACUGCUUAAUUAUAAAAUAAUACAAA